GUUUUCCCAAAACUUGGCGAAUUCGUGCUCUGAAUGCGUUCCUUUGUUUGCACUUCGUUGGCGGCGAAGUAAAAGGGUCAACUUGAAGGUGAGUCCUUUCAACGGACAAGAAACAACUCGCCUGAAGACGUAGCAGAUCCACUACCCACGAACAAUUUAGAGUAAUACCAAGCGGUUCUUCUUAUAAUUCGAAAAGACGGGCAGGAAGUGGUUUAAGGUGGUUUUGCGUCCACUGAAUCUGGAGUAAUUUAUAAACUGAAGUUAACCAGAGCGCCGUCCAUUAUCGCAGGCCAUUGUUCGGAGAACCGUAUUUUGUUCGUGGCCGUUUACGCUUUGGCAUGAGAACAAUCACUUUAAAAACGAAAGGGGUUCGUGGAUCUGCCUUAGAGGUUAGUGUCUGGGGAGACUGAGAAAGACAUUUUUAUUCACAAAGGUUUUUUUUCGUUUUAAUUUUCAGUGACAUUACCGCAAAGCGAAAAUCAUUGCGGAACGAACGCUGUCGUGUUCGAUGUCGCCAUUUUAACGACUCUUGGUGUGGUCGCAGUGCUUCGUAUUGCUGGAUGAAAAAAAUCGUUGGCUUCGUCUGGCUUCAAAACAAAUGGAUUUUGUACGUGAACGAAGGCAAGUUCUUCUUUAAGACAGGUAAUCGCAUUCUUGCGGGCUAAGACCUCACUCGUACGGUUCUCAAAGUUACUGAAGAUAAACGCAGCUUUCUUUACAAGAGCAUUCCGCGGCAUCGCCAUUUACGGAAGAAUAAUUCAAAUUCCCAAGGACUGUGUGUUUAUAUUUUAAUCUCGAUGAAGAAUGUUCUGAUACCAGAAACGAAUUAACCAUGAUAGUAAAUGUGAGAGAACUUAUCGACAAUCUUCGGGCGACUAAACCGCCAUAUGAAUGUCCUUUGUGUCAAAAGAUUUACAAGAGUUACAGUGGAAUUGAAUAUCAUCUGCGUGUUUUUAAACAUGAUGGCAUGGAAGCCACAGGAUCUACACCGACUUCUUCUAAAAGUAAGAAAGGAAAGGGUCGUGGAAGAAAAAGUGUUAAAAACAAAAAACCACCACCAUCGCCUCCAAAGGUUACCGUGCCACGAGAGACUCUAACAUACGCUCAAGCGCAGAAAAUUGUUGAGGUCGAAAUCGAAGGUUUGCCUCAAAGAAUUCACAUAAACGAUCAACUGGAUAUUCUAGACGAGGAUGAAACUACUAAUUCCACGCCGGAACCUCCGCAAAAACCUGAGGAAACCUUUGCGUUUGAGACAAUGAUGAUCAAACCGCUCACCGAUACAAAGGGAAAUGACAACAAAACUUCUGAAACCGGCGAAAACAAAUCGAGUUUGCCGUUAGCGGAGUUUAGCGAAACUCAGGAACCAGGGUUUAGACUGCCAGAUGCACCUCCUAGGCCAAGCGCUUAUUUUCGAUUUAUCGAGCAGACCACUGAAGAAUUGGACGAAAUGGUCGAAUAUGACAUGGACGAAGAAGACUACGUGUGGCUGGACACCAUAAACGAAAAGCGGAAAAGUGAGGGAAUUGCGCCGGUUUCUCAAGAAGUGUUUGAGACUCUUAUGGAUCGACUUGAGAAAGAAUCAUUCUUCGAGAGCCAGACAAAUUGUGAUCCAAACCAGUACAUAGAUGAAGAUGCAGUGUGUUGUAUUUGUAACGACGGUGAAUGCCAAAAUAGUAACGCAAUCCUGUUUUGUGACAUGUGUAACUUGGCUGUGCAUCAGGAGUGUUAUGGAGUGCCAUAUAUUCCUGAGGGGCAGUGGCUGUGUCGACGCUGUCUGCAAUCUCCAUCAAGGGCAGUAGACUGUGUCUUGUGCCCAAACAAGACUGGUGCUUUUAAACAGACUGACACUGGGAAAUGGGCUCAUGUGGUAUGUGCGCUUUGGAUUCCAGAAGUCUGCUUUGCAAACACUGUAUUUUUGGAACCAAUUGACUCAAUUGAGAAUAUUCCUCAGGCAAGGUGGAAACUUACAUGUUAUAUAUGUAAGCGGCGACAUGGUGCGUGCAUCCAGUGUUUCAAAACAAACUGCUAUACAGCAUUUCAUGUUACUUGUGCACAGCAAGCUGGUUUGUACAUGAAAAUAGAACCUAUAAAAGGAGAAAAUGGUCAGCUUACGGUGCGCAAAACUGCUUUCUGUGAUGUCCACACACCCUCUGACUCUGAAGCUGGGAAGGAGGAGGAACAAAGCGAGGAUGAAGUGAAGGAGAAGGGUAAUGUCUCAAAGAGCAAGACUCCAAGCAAGACACCAGCCAAAGGACUCAGUAAGGCAGCAAAAUCAGCUAAAUCAAAACGAAGCAUCAAGAAAUUCAGAAAACUUUUGGCAGAGAAGAAAACAACUGGAGUGCCGAUUGUGAACAUUCCAUUUAUUCCAGCUCACAGGUAAGGCAUUGGUAGAAUGUUUGCAUGAAAGUCUGAUUUAACAUUGUUUUAUGCAACUUAAGUGGUUUUAUUAGAAAGCAGCUGUUAUUGUGACUUCUGAAAGCCUGGACUUGUCAAAUUCUAGUUACAGGUGGCAUUUUGACACCUUCAGUUGAUUGUUUGGUCACUUUUCCUGAUUUAUGACAGUUUAAUUCUUUAUGCUUAAAGAAGACAGAACUGCAACCCUUGCAACCCCAGAUCUCAUCAUGGUUUGAUUAUUUGUCUCCCAGAAGGUAAAAUUUUGUAAAAGAAAACCUGUGGCAUGAACAUUUUGUGAAGCCUAGGGUGACCACUACAAAACAAAGUCAUUUUAACAGGACUGUUAAACCCAUUUCCACUUAACUGCGAAUGUAAAAUUGUCAUGGUACUGUACUUGAAAGGUGUUGAGACCUUUGAAUAACCACUUGGUGGGCUCUUAACACAAGUAACUAUUUUCAAAGACUUGGGUGAGAAAUUUUUGAGAAGUCCACUUUCUUUGCUUAACACUGUUAACUACAAUGGGUGUUGAAUGGACAAGUAAUGUACUGGCCUUAAUCAGUUUCUUGCUAAUUCUUAAAUGACUAUAACUUUGAAGCAUUUGGCCUGUGUAGAAAUGUUGCCUAGCAACUGAUUAUUAUAAAAAGGGCCAUGCUUGUAAUUAUGCUUGGUUAAAUUCAGAUCUAAUUUGAUUCACUUAUGGUGUAAUUGUUUUUGUGUGCAAAUUAGGAAAGAUAAUAAGUUGAAAUAAUUACAAUUUAAUUCUAUUUCUUUUGGUCUGUAUUUAUAUUUUCUAAGAAAAAGAAAAGUAUAAAUUGUAGUGAUUAAAUUGUCAAUUUAGAAAAAAAUGCCAGGUAAGCAUGUUUAACUUAUCUGCUUCACGUCUCUAAUUUUAAUUAUGAAGGGAUAAAGUCAUUGUUUUAGUACCUGCAAAUUGUCUCUAAUUGGUGAUGACCUUGCACCUUAAUUUCCAGAUGUAUGUGUUAAAAUUUGGAGCAAUUCAAUUAUCAAAUUUGUAAAGUGAUUAAUAUUGUAAAUGUGAUUGUGUUAACUAGAGAUGUUGCUUUAUUCUGGACUGAUCAGGUUCUGAUCUGGUUGCAGAAGGUCAGAGGUAAAAAUUCUUCAAGGUCAAGGGGUCGUUACUUUGGGAACUUUACUGUUGCCACUGUAGAGAAUCGGAUGUGUUCUAAAAUAGGACAUUAUUUAGUGAGCAAACAAGCAAUUGCAUAUAUAAUUCAGUCAAGCAUGCAAUAAUAAUUGUAGGGCCACAAAAAUGCCGUUGUUACUGUUGUGUCUUGUAUAGUGCAAGGUUAAAAAAGUCAUCAUUAACAAAAACCUUAUACAGAGUUUCCCCCCUUUAAUUUGUACUCUUCCUGGGAUUUAUACCGCCAGGGUUUUUUUUUUUUUACUCAGCUACAUUAUUUCAAAGGGCUAAACAACUUUCGUGAGCUUGUGACGGAACAAUUGGAACUUUAACAUAGCUUGGUCCUACUUUUUAUGCCUAUUAAACAUGUUUGUUUGAGAAGAGGUUCAGUUUAUAAUAUUUUAGUUAACUCCUUGAUCGUUUUCAUCAUCUGUGUAUGUCAUCUGCAAGUGUUGUUCAAAUUUUGUUUCAUUUGUCUCAGAACUACCGUUGCACAUGUACUUUUUAUAAUUUUUUUUCAAAACAGAAAACAAACAAUAAAUAAAAGUGUCAUUUGGCCUCUGUAACGGGGAGUAGUUGUCAUCAAUUAGAGAGGCCUUCCCUAACCACAUCUUUAUUAACUAUAGUAUCCUUUUUGUUACAGGCUUAGUAAGAUUGUGGGUCGUGUAGCAAUGGCUCGUAAAGCACAGUUCAUCCAGAGCCUUCAGAGUUACUGGAUGCUUAAGCGCCAAUCAAGGAAUGGUGUCCCUCUGAUAAGAAGACUCCAGGCAAGUCAUCAAAGCCAGAAAGCUGGUGCUGAUGAGGUACGAAAAGAACCUAAACUCUCUUCUUUGCUGAUAGCUCUAAGCAUUCUUGAAACAGGGCUGUGCUAGUGCCCAGUGUCCCUGGUGCCUUACUUUUACUCUUGGAUGAGUAGGAAAUCUUAGCUUUUUUGUAGAAUUCCUUUGCUGGGCACCUGGGCCGGGUUGUUCAAAGCUGGGUUAAGAUAACCCAGGGUUAGCACAAAAUUUGAAUUCAGAUAUGAAGGCUUUGUCAACUAAUGUCCUUGAAACAAAAUCUCUUACAAGUUAUAGUAACAAAAAUGCUUUGUGGGCAAACAUGGCAUUUACCUCAAAAGAACAUUUUCUCUUAUGUUUGCAGCUUCUUUGAUUUUGUAAUUUUUGUUUCGUUUGUUUGUUUGUUUGUUUUUUUACACAAAAGAAGCAUCCUUUCAGUCGGGUUUAAAAUAGGUAUAGAAUUGUAUUGUAAGAGAAUGUGAGAAAAUGCUAGUUUUGUUAUUACCAUCAUUAUGACAUAAGUACUCUUAAUAAAAAAUAAUGGUAUUUCGGUAGUUAUAUGUGUACUUUUCUGGUUUUAUUCAAACAUCUGUAAUUUGAGCAGUUUAUGUAUUGUUUUUUUUACAGUCUAGUGAGCGGUCACAAAGAAUCAAGGCAAUGAAAGAGCAACUACAUUUCUGGCAGCGUCUCCGUCAUGACCUAGAAAGAGCUCGACUGUUGGUGGAGUUGAUCAGAAAGAGGGAGAAGCUCAAGCGAGAACAGGCAAGCAUCUGUGUAAAAGAAAAUUUUUCAUUUCAUAUAUAAAAAGCUACAUACAGAGCUGCAAGUAACAGUUGGUCAUCUGAUUUUCUGUUGGAAUCUUAACAGACAAAGUUUAAGCAAAGAUGUUUUUGAGUGAUACAUGUCAUGCAUCAACUUUUUAGUUUAUGAGAGUACGUAUGGCAUGCAAAAAAUUAUUUGCAGCUCUGUGUAUUCCUGAAAUGUUCGUAGCAACGUAAUGAAAUAAUAUUUUUUGGAAACAAAGACUGAUUUUUAAUCAUUAUUGUAUGUCUUGUUCAGGUAAAGGUAAAACAGCAUGUGGUUGAUCUGCAGUUGCAGCCACUGAACAUUGUGCUCAGGAAAACCCUUGACCUUCUGAUCACCAAGGAUCCAGGAGAAAUUUUUGCUGAACCUGUGGACACUGAGGAGGUAACAUGAUCAAAGACUUCUUUUACAUAAGUGACAGUUUUGGUCUAGUUUUUGGUUUAGUUGUCUGCAUUUAAGAAAUAUCUCUCUCACCCUUUAAGCCCUAAUAUCCACUAACAAAUUCUCCAGACAGAUCUACAUACAUUUCCUUAAAGAAUAAUUUGUAAAAGGAGCAGGAAAAUUUGUGCUAGUGACUGUUUUAUUAAUUCCGGUAAUCUUUUCUGUUGGUUAUGUAUUGGAAUUGUGAAACAAAAUUGAGGUUGGUCAGUCUUAGCUUGAGUAAAGAGUGACAGUGGUUUUGUUAUUGGCUGGGGCCUGGCAGAUUAGCUAGUUGCAAAAUACUUUAUUUUUUCAUGUUACAUGAUUGCUUUAGACUCAUUCUUUCAGGCGUAUUAAUUUUUUUCUUGCUGAUCUUCAUACAUUUUUACACAUGUAGACAAUGGGAAACAGUGAAAACUGUCUGAUCUUGUUAUGACAUUAUUUUACUUGUAAAAAUGUUUAUAUUUACCUACAUAUACAUGGAUUUGUUGUCAAUUCAUUCGUUAAUGGAUUGUAAUAUUAUUAAUCAUUCUUUUAUUGUUUUUCUCAACAAUAGUUGAGGUCCCACUAGUAUUUAACUGUGCUGUUACAGCGCUGUUUAGAGCAUGCACACAAGUUUACAACAUUGUAACAGCAGUGUCACAAUAGCUGUGGUCCCACUUGCUCGUUAACAGCAAUUUUGGAAAUAACAGCUUCACAACUUGCCAAGCAUCAAAUUGCUAUUUCGUGUGAAAAAGUAGACCAACAACAAGAUGCCUGAUCAACACAUUCUUGCCAGUUAAUUUUUUUAUUCUAAUUCUAAUACUUAAUGUAUGGUAGAUGACUUUAUAUGGCCAUCUUGUGUUCAAUCAAUUUCUUCUCUGUCAAAGAAUUAUUCUAGCACUGACUUUAAGGNAACUCGACGGCCGCGAAGUGAAAAACCACUGCAGACUUCGGGAUCACGCACAUUUCUUUCAUUUUCUUGUUUUUCGAUAGCAAACCAGGAAGCUGUCAGCCGAUCUGCGGCAUUAUUAUUGCGAAUAAAAGCUUUAGCUCUGCAAAAGCGGCCCUUGUUCGUUCUAUUCGCGCUAGUGGGAAGAACCGCCGCCAUCUUGGAUUUAGCAUUGUUAUGCGCAGUACAGGAUGCGCAGUGCAAAACAAGGGAAUUACCUUAAGGCGUCAACGAGCAUGAAGAAGUCAACACUGAGUUUAGGUUUAUUCCAGGCCAUGACACUGGUUAGAAGAAAUGCUUAGCAACCUGGUUCUCAGGGUUCUUUUGAGCAACUUCACAAAAAUUGUGCAGUGACUGUUACCACAGGGGUAAAUCUUUUUCGUACUAAUGACCUUAUCCCAAAAUGUGCUUGUCAUUCUAGGAAGCCAAGAUUGGUCCAUCUCAAGUGGAUUUAGAUAGACACCAGAUAGAUCGUACUUGUAGAGUUGUAAACAUCAUUGUUAGUUUUUGAUUUUGGCUCAUAACCUACCUGUAAGUAACAGACACUGACACUAAAACUGAAAAAGUACCCGGUCACACUUGACACAGCCUGACACACUUGUUUAGUCUGCUUGUGGGACCUCAACCAAUAAUCUAAGUGCAUGUCAUAAUUACCUUAAAGCUGAAAAUAGAAAUUAACAUUAAAUUAAUUUUCUCAGGUUAAAUGUAAAAGUUCUUUUUACAGGUAACAGAUUACCUUGAGGUUAUUGAGGAGCCCAUGGAUUUCUCAACAAUGUCUAAGCGUAUUGAAGAAAACCACUACACGGCAAUGGAGCAGUUUGAACGUGAUUUUAACCUGAUCAUCGGUAAUUGCAUGACAUAUAAUGCUCCAGAUACUGUUUACUACCGGGCAGCACUGAAGCUAAGAGACCAGGGGCGUCCUAUUGUGCGUGCAGCCAGGAGGCAGGUGGAACGUGCAGGUAUAGACCCAGUUACAGGGCUACAUACGGAGGAACCACCAACUCUUGCUGACAGAGAACCUACCGAAGAAGGUGAGAUGCCUACAGGAACUUUAACCUACUCACUACUGUGUUGAAAAACUUUAUCUGUUUUGUGAUCAGUAUCUGGCAAAGAGAAAAAUUCAAUACAUUGUUCAUUACAUUGUUUAUUAGUCAAGCACCAUGAUGGCUUUUGAUCCUGGUGCCAAAAUUACAGCUUUUGAAGUUCAGGCAAUUAUGCACUAAGACAUAUCACGAUAUCCUGUAAUUGAAAAACUGACACUGCCCCCUCAAUUUUUUCUACCUCUCACCUGCUUUCUUUCCCACCUUUUUUUGUCUUUCUUUAUUAAUAACAUUAUAAGUAAGUGUUUGAACUGGCUUGCAAGCAAUUUUGUGUCCUGAGUCGUGGUGGAUGUCAGUGAUGCUGAUUGUGUCUUUUUCUGUUUGUUCAAGACUUUAUCUUGACUGAACAGCAGAGAAAAGAAAUGACAUUAGAAGAACAGUUGAAAGAUUUGCAGGAAAAACUGGACAUGACCCAAGCCAUCAAACAUGGAGGUACAUUGACUGUUAGUGUUUUUUGGCCAUUUAAGUAUUUAGGUUGCAUUAAGAUGUAUCCUAUGGUUUGCUUUGGAACACAGACAGUUACAUGAAUUGUGCAGUAAAAUUUGAAGACCUGGCUCACAUAUAGUACUGUAAAAUUGCAAAAAUAAGCCGUGGGGCUUAUAUUUGUCAAAGCCCUUUUUGAGGGACUUAUAUUUGGAAGAUCGAUUGGGCUAGCCUUAUGGCUGGAAGGAAAUUUACCGUUUUUGCUUUGUUUUACUUUGUAUUUGAGGGCAAUUUCCAAGUACAAGCCCUGCCCCUGCCCCCUACCCCGUGGGGGGGGGGGCCUUAUAUUUGGAGGGGCGAUUUAAUGGCGGUUUUUUUGCGUUACAAGUUUGGGGGGCUUUAAACGUGGAUGCCCUUAGUUUUGGAAUUUUAUGGUGUUCAAGAACUCUUGGUGGAAGAUAAGUUUGACAAGUUUGCUGUGCACUCUUAUCCCAGAAUACUGGUAAUUAAACACACCACGAGUGAUAGUCCUAUGUGUAAUGUCCUUCGUGUCUACCAAGCUUGAUGAAAUAUUCUAUUCUUUUCAUCUGAAAGGUGUAAGAGCUACUCGAGUUAGAAUGUUACGUAAAGAGAUCGCGCUCAUUAGAAGAAAACUAAACCAAGAAAAAAGACAACUUUCAGAAUCUAGUGGUAAGCAAAUUUCACUGUCAUAGAUAAUGUCUUAAUACCAACCUUUGUUACAAGCUUUUCAUACACUCUACCUGUAAAUACAUUAAAAAAUACCUGAAAUAUUUUGUUUGUGUGAGAAUGAUGUUUUUAAAAUGUCAAGUCAAGUCAACUUUAUUUAGGCAGGAUGGCCGUGUCAGCCAUUGGCUGGUAUCAAAAGGGGCCCUGCAUAAAUUACGACUACACAAUAAAAAUUUAAAAAUUAAACUGAAUCAACAGGUGGCUGUGGGAAAAAAUGAGUUUUUCCGUCUGGAAUAGAAUCCUAUGAUCUCCCAAAUGCGCUAUCACUGCCUAAGCUGAAGGAAACUCCAGCGAGCUACAAGACCAGGGCCAUAUAGCGAGGUUCAUGUGACAAACAUCCUGCCCUCUGCCAGGACUGGAAUUCGCUUCGUAGUUGUUUCCGGCAAACGCCUACCAUAAGUCAUUCAAUUUCGGUAUUAGACUUCGUUCAUUGCCCCUUUUUUGCGCAAAACUGAAUGAUCUUAUAGCGUGCUUUUUUGUUGUUGUCAUUGUUCACGAUUUUGGCACUAUGAAAGAGCUACAUGUAGUGUUUUCCAAUUACAACCCAUUUUAUUUUAUUUAUUUGUUUAUUUAUUUUUAAACUGUCUUUGUAGUUGGUGGCGUGGAUGGGUCCAUCCUAAGCGAGUCUUGUCUGUCACCAGUAGAAAGUGAACAACCGCCCAAGAAGUUUCGACCCAUUGAUGAAAAUGAAACGCUAAAUGGUCCUAAUACAGCCAAGUCAUUAGACACUGAGGAUCAUCGCUUAUCAGGGGAGAGUCUGCUAAACAGCAGAGCUAUUGCUAACCCAAGCCCGGGCACUAGCAGGCGAAGCGGUAUCCUCUUUAACAAGGGAAGGUACAGAGCCAGACGUAAUCUAUCAGCAGGAGCCGACAAGUUCCCGCUAGACAUUUUAAAUACACCCAACCACGCGCUGAAAACGUCUGACUCCGAUCGAACGUUUGAUCAAGAGCACGUGAGCACGGAGGCGCACGUGACAGAGAAUCUUCGCACAGAUAGUCUUAGAGACGCUGAUGCUCAUGAAGAUGCAGUAUUCGAGGACAGGCAUCAGCCAGCACCUAAAGAGAACAACAAACCACAGAAGCGUCCUCGCGGGGACAGUUUAGGUACUAAUGAUACUUGUUACGUCCCGAAGAAGACCUACAAAACAGAGCUGGGCAAGCUGAUUGAGGACGCUACGUUGCCUAUGUUCGAUACUCCCUCAGAUCGAAUGAAUAAUCAUUUCGCGUUUACCAAUGGCUUACGGCAGCGUUCAUACCGUUCUUACACUAGUGGUUCCGAGUCAGAUAUCAGUGAUAUCAGAAUGAAUGGCACGCGCGCGUCUCGAGAACAUUGCCGGAAGCUGUCUACGUUGUCGGAAGACGAACUCAGCACGACCGACACCGAGAACAGUUCGGCUGAGAAUCGGGCCAUUAACGGACCAGUGGACGGGAGGCGGCGGAAGAAAGCGGCGCCCAGACCUAGGAAAAUGACUUCGGAUUCAGACAUAGCGGAUCUGCCUCCCAUGCAGCCGUUGGAUUUGGUGUGGGCAAAAUGUCGGGGAUAUCCGUCUUACCCCGCCCUGGUAAGUUUCAGCUCUGUUUUUACUGAAAUGCGAAAUGAUCGAAACUAAACUUUGUUAGAAUAGAAAAUAAUAGACUCCCUUAGAUUCAAGGAGAGGGCGACUUCGAGGACGAGAUUCGACUUAAAGUCGUUUUUGCGUAUUCCCAAAGCUCUUCGUGAAUUCGACCCCUUGAUUCCUAAUAACCCGUAAGGGACACGAUUGGUGAGCGGUCUGCGUCACUUCGCAGACAGAGGGUAACAUUAGGCUCGGCGCCUUCAGUGGUCUGCGCCACCUGGUCUGGGUGAUCGAAAGAGUUGAGUUGAGUGUCGCGACGUUUCCAUUGGAAGCGUUUGUUUGGGAUGUUAUUUGCGGCUUAUCGUCGACACUGUCGUUCCUGUGAAUACACUUGUCAUUUAUUGCCCAGUUAAUUGCUCGGCGCCAUUUUCUUUGGUGCGAUCAAACGUCGCAUAUCUGAGUUCGCUAAAACACUGAGAACAUGUUUCUUUUGUGUCUGAGAUCGUCUAGGAUACGUGCGAUGCAGACAGCUGUCGAUCGUGUCGCACUGUACCGCAGACCGUGACAGAUCACAUCGAAAUCAAGCUUUAUAACCGUGUGUUUUAGUUAACACUGUGCCACAUUCACAUUUAUGUGUGCAGGUCUUGUAUUAUUUAGUUGAUUUGUUUGUUUAGUUUUUUUUUAAAUCAUGAAUCAAAUAAAUUUCGAGGGGAAAGGCACGUCACACGGUCGAUAUGUGUGAUGUAUAAAUUCAAAUCCAGAUUCGUCCUUCUCCGUGUUUUGAUCUUUUCACAAUAAUGUUGAUUCCCGCUCGGACCUUUCAAACGAAAAGAUGCCGGUUAGUGUACUCUAGUUAGCAUACAACAACAUAAAGGGAUAAAUUUUUUAAGCCUCUGGAAUUAUUUACCCUUUUACUUGUUUACUAUAGAUUAUCAACCCGCGAACCAAGAAAGGCUUCAUUUACCGCGGCGUACCGAUUCCCGUUCCACCCGAGGAUGUGUUGAAGGAGCGAGCGUCCACUGAUGAACAUCUCUACCUUGUGCUGUUUUUCGACAACAGACGAACUUGGUAAGUUCCAGCCACUUAAAGUAUAAAUUUCGCACAGUAAAAAUGAUAAGCUACGGUUUAAAAAUCAAAACAUAUUUUGGCCUGGCUUAACUGUUACUCUCAUAAACUGUAUUAUCAAUUAAACAGUGAUUUUAAGGAGAUGUGGUUCACUUUUGGCUCAGAGUUGUAUUAAACCAACGAUUCUUGUAAUUAGAAAUCGCAGUAUAAAGAUCGUCUUAUGGAUUACGAAAUAAAGGGUUACAGUCAAACCAGGUCAAGUGUACCCCUUAGAUUCUAUUAAUGAAUUGAUUUUUUGGAAAAAUGCAUCUGUUUGUCGUUUCUGUACCUAGUGUUCCAAGUUGCCUUAAGCCUCUGUUUCAAAGCCAAGCUAAGUGCAAAGCCAUUGACAUGAAAAUGAUUUUUUAUUCUCGUGCAAAUAAAACUCAUUUUCACAAGAAAGGUUGUGCACUUAGCCUCGUUUUGAAAGUGAAAACUUUUGAAACUCGGAAACAGCCUAUUCAAAUCUGCAUUCCUGCGUGCGAAAUGAGCAUUGAAUGUUUGAGUACAUUUUCUCAAUAUUCGGUCACAUUGGGUGAAAACUGUUAUGAACUUAACUCCCUAGCGUGUGCAUUUACUGCCCAUUAGUUUACGCGUGCUGAAAUGAAUCUGAAAAUAUAUUUAACUACCUUAUACUAACGGAUUCAUCUUUUACAUAAAUAAUGCAUUAAUAAAAUCCUGGCGGGUACGCUUGACCUUGCUUGACUGCAAAAUUGCCAAGGGAAAAGGAGGAAUUAUGGAAACCAGUUUCCCGUUUUGUAGUCAGCUUUUACCGUAAAAUACAAAGUCACUUUUUCACUGUGUUUAAUGUAACUUUUCUCCCUGUUUCGCUUUAGGCAAUGGCUACCUCGUCACAAACUCGAACCUUUGGGACAACAAGAAGAUCGAGACGAAAGCAAGUUACAGGAAGGUCGGAAGACCUCCAUGAGGAAAUCCGUCAUGCAAGCUUACGAACGUGCCCUUGUUCACAGAAGCCAAGUGGAGAGGGGAGGCUCUCGGGAUUCCGACGACGAUGAUGAUGAAUACGACGACGACGCCGACGACGAUUCACGAACGAACGAAAAUGGCAACGAUGAGGAGGAGGAGGAAGAUAGUGAUAAUGAAGAUGAUGACGAUGAUAAUGAUGAACAUGAUGUGAUGGAUGAAAAUGGAUUUGUAUAGAGCAGCGUCAGUAAUAAUUCGAGUUGAUUCUCUUUUCAAGGGUUUGCUCUUCAAAACUAUUAGACUUGUAUCGGACAAAACUCACUCAUACUGCAUAGGGUGGAGUUAGAAUGAUGUACAGUUUUUUGCGCUUGUUUCUAAUUUCACUGUUUUUCUACUGUGUGGUCUUAAAAAGGUCUAAAAUGUGCAGUCGUUGUUUCACUUUCAAAGUAAUUUUAAAAGAAAACUGCGUAAUCUCGUUCUACCUUCGUAAUUAUAAGAAGAAACGAUUAUCCGCAAUCUUCACAUUCUUUCUAACAAGCGUUUUUUUCUUACCUGUCCGAUGUCAGAUCAGUUUGUAACGUUGAAAAAGGCCACAAAAAGGGUUUUGAUGAUAUUUUUUUUUUCACCAAGGUCAGGUAGUUAGAGCCAAGUUUCAGAAAAAAGUGUUUUUUAAAAAUGUUGAAUAUUACCUAUUAAUCUGUACAAUUUGUAUUUAAAUGUGUAAAUCUUAAUCCUCUGCUAUUUUUCCUCAAGAAGUGACUGUUUUUUAACAAAUCGAGUACCGACCGCCUGUGGAAAUGCGUUCUGUCUUGUGUGUUUCAAUACAUUCGUGUCUGUAUAUCUUGUAAAUUGUUACAUCCCAGGGACAAUAAACUCGUCAAUUAUGAGAC